AUGGAGAAGGCCGAUUCAACCGAGCGGAACUGUUCAAUGCGCCAAUUCGAGAGAAAAAAGAAGGCUCCCAAAUACGAUCGACUUCCCGGGAGCAAGUGUUUUGCAUCUCAUGAUGCCGAUAAAUUGCCACUUAAUCUCGAUGUCCCCUAUUCCUGUACCAAGGGACCCCAUCAACUUCUAGGGAUUUUGAAAAAUGAUAACAAAACCACAGAACAAUAUCCCGCCUUUCUUGGUGGUGAGACAAUGUUUUCCAUGGAACAGUUUGAGAGAAUUGUCGGAGCCUCGAAUUCGUUCUUAGGAUGGGGUGGUGAGGAUGAUGAUCUUUGGCAACGCGUCCAAAUGGCCAGACUGAAGGUUGUUACGUCAGAUAAGAAUAAAGACCAAUUCUACGAAGGUAACUCUAAGCAUUUUCGAGACGUAAAUCCAGAUAGUGAGGCACUUUUGAAACGUGAAACCAAGAAUCGAUUAUGUGGAGAGAUGGAUUACGACAGGUUAAUUACACUCUUAGAUCCUGAGUGA